CUGAAGCGUAACACCUCUGGGGCACUGGAUAAUACACUAAGUGGGCUCUGACAUCCAACUUGUGUCAAAAUAUGCUGUGAUUUUUUGUCAAACAUGGGUAACGGAAUAAACAAGGUCCUGCCUGAUCUGUAUCUUGGAAAUCUCAAAGAUGCACGAGACAGGGAGCUGCUGGCAAAGCACAACAUCACCCACAUUCUGUCCAUCCAUGACACAGCCGCACCCAUCCUGGAGGACAUGACGUACCUGUGUAUAUCUGCUGCUGACCACUCCAAGCAAAACCUGAUUCAGUUCUUCAGAGACAGCAUCAUGUUUAUCCACGAGUCUCGACUGAAAGGAGAGGGCUGCCUCGUCCACUGUGUUGCAGGAGUGUCCCGCAGUGUGACUCUGGUGGUGGCUUACAUCAUGACGCUGACGGGGCGAGGCUGGGUUGAUUCUCUGGCGGCGGUGAGGGCAGCUCGGCCAUGUGCGGGACCAAACCUGGGCUUCCUCCGUCAGCUGGAGGAGUUUGAAAACACAGAGCUGACAGAUUAUCGGACCUGGUGGAAGGAGCGAUACGGGAAGAACUCACUCAAUGAUGAGGAGGAGGUGGAAAACCUUUUAACUCAGAAAUCUGAAAACAGCAGCACAACGACAACCAACAUCACUCAUGAUCUGAGCACAAGAAGCACCUGAGGAAAAAAAGACAAAUCUGUCAGUGUUUUUUUUAUGAACUCUUAACACCUGAGGAGAGUUGGCUUCUGCUUGGACUACAAAACCCACUAAUCUCUGCAGAUUUCUGCCCCUAUCACUGAUCCUGCAGAUAUUUUUUUUUGUAUUGAUAUGAUUUACUUCCUCUCAUAUCCUGCAGAACAGUCAUGUGAGUGAGGGGGUUUUUUAUUUCAUUGCCACAGUCCCCCUCAUCAUGUCUUGUCUUUGCUUCUAACUGUCAAAACAACAUGCAAGGGCAGUCAAGCCUGACAACAAGGAAAUAUGAACAUACGGUCCACAAUGUGAACUCACAUUUAGCAGAGUACACUCCCCCACUUAGUUCUGUUAUGCUGUGUCUUCUACUUGGACUAUGAGUAUGACUCUCUGUAGACAGCUUACUAUAUUUUCCAGUCAAACAGAACCAGCAGCCGUUUGUGUUAAUUUGUUUGAAGCUGUGUUUGAAUUAUAGUUUGAAUGAUCAAAACAAGAUUAUAAAAAGGAAAAACUUUGAAAACAUGCGUUUAUCUUGUGGAUGUAACAAUUCAUUAACGAUGUGCCUUUCUGUACAGAAAAUUUAGUAUAAUAAACUCCUGAAU